CACGAUUUCGCACCCUCCUUUUCUGGCUUCCCCCCCGUCCAAUGCAAUCAAUCGACCGACGAGUGUGCAGUCCCUGGGUCUGCAGUCUGCCAAGGUGCUUUCCCUUCCAUUCGAUGGAUGGGUUGGACUCUUGCACAGUGCAGUGAAGCUGCCUGGCCUGUUAGCGACCGUCCUGUGCGCGACCCGACCUGACACACUAAGUUACCUGCCCGCCCAUCUGCUGCGGCGAGCUGCGAAGUAACUGCACGUUCGUUAGGGGCUGCCCAACCAAACAGUGCUCCUACACCCCUCACUCGCUCAAAUCACCCAACUUGCUGUUACUGUACCUGCUGAUACACUUUUCUCCCAUCUUUGGUUAUUCUCCCUCCCCUCCCCUCCCCUCCCCUCCCGUCACCUCGUCUACCCUGCCCUGCCCUGUCCUGACCUAUCUUUCCUUCUUCUACCAUCCCCGAAUUGUUCCAGCCUUUGGGCCCCAGAGCAGCAGACAAUCAGCUCCUCUUCUCCCCUGCCUCGAAGCUGCCCACAAGGUGCUCUUCCCCUCCCCGGCCUCCACCCCCGCCUCCCCCACCGUUGACACCGAACACCCUGCGCGGGCCCGCCUCACCACGUCGUCGCCGCGCGGGCGUUCAUCAUCAACACCAUUGCUGCGGUUAGAUAGCGCCGCCUAAUCAUCGCAUGCCCAACGUCGUUUCGUCGGUCACUCGCACUUUGCGCAGCCGCUACAGCACGCAGUGAGUACUAGUCGCUUGCGUCGUCAACCCUCGCCGACAGCGUUGCCAUCGCCGUUUGCUCGAAUGGCUCCCGUGUUUUCACCUACCUAGUUGCACAAUUGAUCUCGGCGUAUGCUUUCUGGCUCCUGUCUGUGUCUUCCCUUCAUCUUUGUAUCCCCGUGGAUUAACGACCGCCCGCCCGCCAAACCCACUGCUUCUUGCUAUUAGCAACAUUUGGAGCACAGAGUUCCGCGGAGGGCUUCUAGACAGGUCUGGAGAGCCACCGAGUUCUGAUCCGGGCGACCAUUGCCACGAAGUCUUCCGUGGGCGACGACACAGGGCCAUUUUCCCAUGCACUGGCCUGCCCUCUCAGAGCAGUCAACACCCGCCUGAGUUCUGCCGCGGCUCACCUUGGCACGGCCCAGGCAUAAUGACUACAAUUGCAUUGCCUCGGCCGAUUCCCCAUCAUAGUGCCGCGCCAGAUCUGUCAAGUCCCAUCACGCCACCACAUACGCUCCAAGACGUGGGCCGAGCGCAUUCAUCACAGCAGCCAUGUGCGACCCCAGCUCCCUUGCCUAACAAACACAUCCCCAUCUGCCCGACAGGUCCAUCCAAAGCCGGCGAAGUCAAUACCACCCCCCCUGCUUCGCCCACCAGCAACGACGAUUACGAGCAAAGCUCGCUGUUAUAUCCUCCAGAAGGUUACAAGCGCGUCGAGAGCGGACACCUAUCUAUAUAUGAGCUCGACGCUGAUCAGGUGGUUCUCGCACUUGAGUACUCCGCUCGCCAACCGCUCCCUUCGUCUUCGCUGGUGUUCCCAUGGCUGCACGGCCUCCAUCCAAACAACCAGAUGCAGCAGGCAUUCUUCAUGGGCCGACGACGUUCUGCGAGAAAGACGCCCUCCUGCCUCAGAGGCGUCACGCUCGUCAAAGCGGAUGGUGACCUAUCAGUCGGUCGUCUCAAGGGUGCAAUUACUGCAGACGAGUUCAUGCGCCAUCAUCCUUCGCCCGACUUCAUCGAUCCCGAUCCUGUUGACGGCUUUUCCGUCCGCAAUUUCCAUAUUCAACCGGCCAAAGUCGCCCUAAUUUCAGACAUCGUGGUUUACGGUGACGACAUCGCAAAGGCGCGUACAUUGGCUUGGGACAUUGCAGCUGCGAGAUCUCGAUGGCGCCAAACUCAUGCAUCUGAGAGUAAGGCGCUGCCCGAGUACAACACCUUUGUGUGCACAAGCACAUUUGAGGAGUUUGAAAGGGAUCAUGGCAACCUCGUUGCUAUUAAUUCGGCAGGAAGCAUCACGGGGAGAGUGCUUGACUUCGUCCAGCAAGAACGCAGGGAGAUGUGGGACAUGACAGAGGCCUCCGAAAUAUCUCACAACGUGUUCAUGGGACCGACGCCGGAACCUGGUAGUGCUGAGGAGCAGAGGUUCGACAUAUUGAUUGAAUGUAGCGACGUCGGUCGCUUAAAUCCGAUGGCAUUGCAACUCAUAGCUGAGAGCUUGGAUGAGGCUUUUGCGCAAGCUUUCCUCGACUUUCCCUCAUCAGGCAGCAUUCUACCCCCAACUUGGUCACACGAAGAAGCCGACGGAAUACUGGAAACAUGCCGCUGGAUAUAUCAUCUUUCUCAUGGCACCUGUCCGGGCCCAGCUAUCGCUUCGAGUGUAGACCAUGAAGGCGAUAGCCCUAUGAUCGUCGAGCAAGCGUCGCCAAGGCCGCGCAAGAUACUGAUACACUGCGCCGAUGGCUACACCGAGUCUUCCAUGCUCGGCAUCGCGUACUUCAGCUACAGUACUGGUCGCACGGUCCCGGACGCGUGGCUUCAUCUUCACACGUCAAAGCAUCGUAACUUCUUCGCAUACCCUACCGAUGUGGCCCUGUUGACCGCGAUUGCGCCCCGAUUGCUAAGCAAUUCCCCGGUUUGCCCGAGGAAAAGCCUUCGGGAGAUCACGAGAGCUGUCAAGGAUGAGCCUGCGUGGUUCGCCGGGUUGGAUGGCUCGUUCCCCAGCAGAAUUCUGGAUUACCUCUACCUAGGAAAUAUCGGCCACGCCAAUAAUCCAGACUUGUUGAGAGAGAUGGGAAUCAAGCAAGUUCUGAGUGUUGGAGAGACUGCUGCCUGGAGAGAUGGAGAGAUGGAGGCCUGGGGGUCGGAUAACGUCUGCUUGGUUCAAGAUGUUCAGGAUAACGGGAUCGAUCCUCUGACAGAUGAGUUUUCUCGGUGUCUGGAGUUUAUCGAGCGAGGGAAACGAAAUGGAACUGCCACGUUGGUCCAUUGUCGAGUGGGAGUCUCACGAAGCGCCACAAUUUGCAUCGCCGAGGUCAUGAAAGAACUGAACAUGACGUUCCCCCGGGCGUAUUGCUUUGUUAGAGCUCGGAGGCUCAACGUCAUCAUCCAACCACACUUGCGCUUUGCCUACGAGCUACUGCAAUGGGAAGAGUGGCUGCAGCAGAACGGCGAUGCUGAAAAACCAGUUGAGAGAGAGCUCGAGUGGGGAGAGAUCACGCGACAGAUCGCCCUCAUGAAUCGCCCCUACUCCAGAUGAUUGAUAGGGGUUGUGUCCUGCUUUGCUUAAUACUCCUUUUCGCGGUUGGAUAACGUUGGGCGUCUUGUUCUUGCAUCGAAUUUCUACUACAUGCAACCGUCCGGAAACAGAGAUACGAAUUCACGAAAUCGCGCCUGCCGCUAUAUUAUACCACUCACCCGUGGGUCGGUGUAGUCACUGCCGGACUUCGUGGAAGGGCCGGAAGACAAACCCUAUGAGAUACGGAAUAUGCCUUCAUGAUUGUGUUUAGGGUUCUUCGAGUAAAGGUGGCAGGUCGUUGAUGGCGUUAUGCGGGCGACGCAGGGUAACUUGAUUGGAUAAGGCUGUUAGGGCCUGCUUUGAGCUGGCCAUGAGGCAUUUGAGUCUUGUGAGCAUAACGACGCGUACAUCCGAUGCAGGCUAGAUCGCAACUUGGAUACCUAACACGGGUUCUUGUCCGAUUGAGACCGCCGGUGCCGCUCUAUGCAAGCUAUCAUCUCUCUCGUCCUCAGCGUGCUGAUGCGCCUGCCGCAUCCAAGUCAUGGCUGGAGGGAAUACAAGACACUGGCAAAGCCUGGAUUCAAAGAGAACGUGACGAUGUAGGAAAGGAACGUAGCGUUUGUUGCUUUGCGACGUGCGG